AUCACGAAGAUUUCUCAUUCGUAUCGUAGCCAGUUAUCGUGUUGUCUGUCCACCGGAACGAACUGUUCAGCAUGUGCUGUUACAAAAGGCAGGACGUAUGCCCCUGGCAUACAGCUGGCAAGUAAUUUCAAGGGGGAUUCAACGAAGCAUUUGCAUGCACUGUUACGCUGACGAAUAAAACAAACUCACGACAUUACGCAAUCGGCUUCUUCGACUUAUCUUGAGAGAAGAUCGUCUGAUUCAAAUUGCAUCUGAUACCAGAAAUUUUCCUCUGUAAGUCAUCAAGUACGAUAUAUAACAUAUAUCAGACAACAGGCAUUACGUAUCAUUAGAAAUGCUGCGCGCAAUAACUCUGAUCAUCAUAUUUGUUGCAGUAAAAGGCGAUGGAUGCAUGAGACUUUCAUUCGGAGAAAAUGGUAGUGUGUGUGUCUGUAAUUCGACAUAUUGUGACACAAUAGAGGUGCCGCAAUUGCAACAGGACCAAUUUCUCUGGUAUACUUCCACCAAAGAUGGCAAAAUGAUGGAAUCUUCUAUUAACAAUUUUUCUAAAAAUAAAGAUAAAAAUAUGUCUAAAGUUCUCACAUUAGACAGUAAUAAAAAGCAUCAACAAAUAUUUGGAUUCGGUGGAGCAAUGACUGAUGCCGCCGCACUCAAUAUUAGAACUCUUAGUAAUGAGACUCAACGCCAAUUACUCGAGUCGUAUUUUGGUUCUACUGGUAUUGGAUAUACAUUUUCCCGCAUACCCAUCGCGGGUACCGAUUUCUCAACAAGACCAUAUACAUACGACGACGUACCCAAUGAUUUUACAUUAAGUAAUUUCAGUCUUGUGGGAGAAGACGAUUAUAAAAUUGAGUAUCUACAUCGUAUCAAAAAUAUUAUGUCCGAUCCAGAGACUCUAAGGAUAUUUACUACUUCGUGGUCUGCCCCGGCCUGGAUGAAAAAUACCAACAAUAUAAAAUGGGGUGCUUUGAAUCCUGAAUAUUAUCAACUUUACGCUGAUUACAUCAAAAAAUUUUUUGACGCGUAUAAAGAGCGUGGUAUAAACAUAUGGGGCAUGACUCCUGGUAAUGAGCCAAUAGAUGGACUUGUGCCAUUCUUCCCUUUCAAUUCUAUGAUGUGGUUACCCAGAGAAGGGGCCGACUGGGUUGUAAAUCAUUUAGCUCCGACUUUGUCUAAAGCUGGAUACAAAGAUCUUAUCUAUAUGGCAAUGGACGAUCAACGUAUGUUAUUACCAUGGUAUGUCGAAACAAUGUUCACAAAUCAGAAGGCUAAAGAGGUAUUUUCCGGCACUGCAAUUCAUUGGUAUGCAGAUAAGCAAUUUUCACCGGACAGACUGACUCGGACGCAUAAUAAAUAUCCGAACAAAUUUAUGUUAAUAACUGAAGCAUGCACCGGUACCUUUCCUACCAAUCCUUUUGAACCAAAAGUAUCGUUGGGAUCAUGGUCGCGAGGAGAACUAUAUAUGUUAGAUAUAAUAGAGAAUUUAUCACAUUAUGUGAGUGGAUGGGUAGAUUGGAAUUUAGCGCUCAAUAAGACUGGUGGACCAAAUUGGGUUGAAAAUUAUGUGGAUUCACCUAUUAUUGUGAUACCGGAGGAAGAUCAGUUCUAUAAACAGCCUAUGUUUUAUGCGAUUGCUCACUUUAGCAAAUUUGUGCCACGCAACUCUUAUGUAAUUUUUUCCACAUUAGAAGAACGUUUUAAGGAAGAAAAUAUUAAAUCAAUAGCCUUCUUGACCCCCGAACAAAAAAUUGUAAUCGUAAUUGUUAACAAAGGUAAAAAUCCUAUUCCUUUAACAAUCAAAGACACAGUCAGAGGGAAAACAAUAAGUGUAACUCUACCUGGAAAAUCUUUCCAUACAAUAUCAUAUUCGGCAUAAAGUAAUAAUGAAACUUAUAUGUAUUCUGUAAAUUAUAAAUGGUAAAUAUCUGUGCAAUUUAUGAAAUUUCUCACUUAACUUUCUUAAAGAAAAGAAUGAAACCUCUUGUACAACAUUUUGUACAACUUUUAUGUAAGGAAUGAAUAUGGAUUGUAUGUUGUAUGGAAGUAGAUAUGUUAUAAAAGUUGACAUAAUUAUAAUUAUUUUUUAAUCAUUGGUAUAUUUAUGC